AUGUGUAUUGCCCAGUUCUCAGAUCCAGUGGUCAUGUGGAUUGCCCAGUUCUCAGAUCCUAGUGAGCUGCCUGUUUCCAGGCUCUGCCUCUCCUACACACAGUGGGCCUUCCAUCCAGGGUUAUCCAUACAGGGCAUUGUUAGAUCUUCAAAUGGGGAAGUGAAUCUUUCUGCACAGAAAUUAAUCCAGUCAUCACGCCCACUGACUGUUGUAGACAUCAGCAGGGGGACUGUGAAGCAGACAGGCCCACCAGAUAUCCAUGCACGUCGCAAUGUUGCUGCACUGCACCAGGAACUUCUCUCACUCUGGCAUGAGCUGCCAGAUAUCUCGGCUCCAUCUGAGAGUCUGUUAGAACCUGUCCGUGCAGCAGCUCCACUAGUCAAGCAGUUUUUACAUGAUUAUGACCGUCUCAUCUCUUGUGAUGGACACGGAGGGACUAGUAAUACUGCUUCUAUGACUGUCAAGAAGAGAACCUGUUUCCUGACCUACAUUGAGAGUGAAUCCCAUAACUGGAGAUUGAGUAAAACUGCAUUUUAG